AUGGGCUUAUCAAGAUCAUCAAGGAUCAUCACCCUGCUGGUGAUAGAUUCAGUAUUCUUUCUUAUCGAAUUGGUCACAGGUUAUGCAGUCGGAUCACUGGCUUUGGUAGCUGACUCAUUCCACAUGUUAAAUGAUGUCCUAUCGCUAGUCGUAGCAUUAUACACUAUCAAACUUGCCACUUCCCCUUCCUCAUCGGCAAAUUCAUACGGAUGGCAAAGAGCGGAGAUCCUCGGCGCUCUCAUCAACGGUGUCUUCCUGGUUGCACUAUGUGUAUCCAUCUUCUUAGAAGCUAUAGGAAGGAUUGUGUCUCCCCCUGAGAUCAGUAAUCCUAAGAUCAUCGUGAUAGUCGGUAGUUUGGGUUUGUUGAGUAAUAUCGUUGGGUUAUUCUUGUUCCACGAACACGGUCACUCCCAUGGACAUUCCCACGGAGCAAUCGCCUUACCUGACGACGACGAUGAAAAUGCCGAAGAAGAACGGGAAGACUCGGUUUCCGAACUCUACCAACAUCCCGCCGAAACCAGAGCUCAAAUCAUCGAGACUGCUCAGGAAUUCGGUUACGGCCAGAACAAUCAACUGUCAAGUUCGUUGGAUAGUGGAUUGAACAACGUCUUGAAGUCUCCACCUAAUCACCAUCAUCGGGCUUUGUCAAACAGUAGGAGAUCAGGCAGACACGGAAGUAUCAGCAGUAGACCAGGCGAGACCAGAAAAGGUUCGGCAUCGAGAAUCCCCCCUUCAGCUGGUCAGAACGAUACUUUACCUCCUGUAGGUGGAAGUGCGUCGACCACUUCUUCAGCUACGGCCGUUACGGAGAGUGCACCUGCCGCUCCGACCAAAUCAAAAUUAUCUGUUGCUCAUGACCACGAUCAUGACCAUGACCACGACCACGGAAAUGGCAACAAUAAGAAACCUCUUGCAAGUAACGCCAGUGAUGCUGAGAACGGACAUUCCCACGAUCAUGGUCAUGGGCACGGUGGUCAUGGUCAUUCACACGGUUCGAUGAACAUGAGAGGUGUCUUCUUGCAUGUUUUGGGCGAUGCUCUCGGUAACGUCGGUGUAAUCGCUGCUGGACUUGUCAUCUGGUUUUGCCAAGGAAGAUGGACCUUAUAUUUCGAUCCCGGUGUAUCACUCCUCAUCACCUGCAUCAUAUUCUCAUCGGCCUUACCACUCUGUAAAUCCGCUUCCUACAUUCUUUUACAAGGUGUUCCUUCGCAUGUAUCCCUCGAAGCAGUUCGAAAAUCAAUCGUCGAUGUCGAAGGUGUCGAUUCAGUACAUGAAUUACAUAUUUGGCAAUUAUCCGAAUCGACCGUCGUAGCUUCCGUUCACGUUAUGAUUGUCUCCGGACAAGAUUAUAUGGACGUUGCUACUAGAAUCAGGCAGAGGAUGCACGGCCAUGGAAUUCAUAGUGUUACUAUCCAACCUGAGUUCUACGCAGAUGAAGAAGCUCUAUCUGCUAAUGGCGAAGCAUGUCUGAUCCGAUGCCCUCCCGAUCAAUGCCAGGGCGAUACAUGUUGUCCACCCAUCUCUUCGAAAUUGGAUGACGACUCGCCUUCUCAUGGGGAUGAUCAUGACCAUGAUCAUGAUCACGACCACGACCACGACCACGACCAUUAA